UCACGUGACCGCGGCGGGGCCCGGGCCGGGCCGGGAUGGGGCAGCGCGAUCGGAUGUUCAAGGUGCUGGUGGUGGGGGACGCCACGGUGGGCAAGACCUCGCUGGUGCAGCGCUACGCCAACGACAGCUUCAACCGGCACUACAAAUCCACGGUGGGGGUGGAUUUUGCUCUGAAGGUGGUCCAGUGGUCGGAAUCGGAGACAGUGCGACUUCAGCUCUGGGACAUUGCAGGUCAGGAACGCUUCACAUCCAUGACCCGGCUGUACUACAGGGAGGCGUCAGCCUGCGUUAUCAUGUUCGAUGUCACCAACAUCAGCACAUUCAGCAACAGCCAGAAGUGGAAGCAGGAUUUGGACAGCAAGCUCAUGCUGCCAGAUGGGAACCCCGUGCCUUGCCUGCUGCUGGCAAACAAAUGCGACCUUUCCCCGUGGGCAGUGACAAGAGAGGAAGUGGAUCGGUUCAGCAAAGAAAACGGCUUUUCUGGUUGGGUGGAGACCUCUGUCAAGGAAAACAAGAAUAUUAAUGAGUCCAUGAGAGUCCUGAUUGAAAAGAUGAUGUCUUCAUCCACUGGAGAUGGAAGUUCCUCUGCUGCCGGGAGUGGGGAUUAUAUUAACAUAAAAGAGACAACCCCACCAGGCUGGGCUUGCUGUUAGAUGUACUGACUACACCAUCUGCCUUGGGUCUGGCAGCAUGUCUUUUUAUUAUUAUCAUCAUUUUUUCCUAAACUGGCUGUCACUGGUUUGGGUUUUUGUUUUUUUGUUUUUUUUUUUUUUUUACAUGAUUGUGAACUGUCUUCUGUUUAGUGCGUAUUCGUUCUCAGUAGAGCAUUGCUACAGUGAGGAGUGGAAAGAAGAGAGGAGAAGAUUCCUCUUUCUUCUAGUGUAGCAGCAACUGGGAGCUCUGCUGCUAGUAAUGUAGUAUGGUCCGUGUUCAAGCACAUGGCUUGGAUGAAUUUUUUUUUAAAUGUUGAGCACUUCAUCUUCUGACAUGCAGUGGCCUGUCUCAGGCAGGGCGAAGGAUGUUGAAGGAGUAUUUUUAAUAUUGUUGCACCUUUUAUUCCCCACCGCCUGCACCCACCAUACACAAGGCACCAGUCCAAAGCACUAUAGUCACCUUCAUUUGAUGCAUGCAGAGUUCAAGCAAUCUCCCUGUGCCUGUGGAUUCCCGGGGUGGGAUUACAGCAAACUCUUGACUUCAUGCUCUGGCACUAUAUACCUCAGUUUCCAUGUCCUGGAGAGACCAACACAUCACAUCAUUGCCACUAACUGUCCUUAAAAUGUGAAGCCAGAUGUUGUGGAUUAGCAUUGGUGUCCCACCUAACCAGACCUGUAAAAUUAUCAGUGUGAAUUUUGAGAAAUGGUGCAGCACGGCCCUCGCUUUCCUGUGUACUGAUGGUGAUGCUUAACAGCAGAGACUUCAAACUUUUGUCAAGAAUUGCCCAGUUGCCUUCUGUUUGUUCCUUCUCACUCACCCUCUGUCUAGCACAAUCCUGUGUAUUCUGUUCUGCUGCCACUUUAUUAGAGCACGGAGCGCUGAAUGGGGAAUAGGUUGUAAACUCCUUUGUAUGACAGAACAACAGCCCUUUUCACUUUUCGAACACCCUGUAUCCUCCCAUCUCAAAUAGCUUUGCAAUUGCUGAUGAAUUGCCUUCCCAUAAUUAUUCUGUAGCGAUGAGUGAAUUUGGUAGCUGGGGUGGUGCAGGAGAGGCAGCUCCCCGAAAGCCCACGCGCUGGGUUUAGCAGUGCAAGGGGGGAAGCAAAGGAGAUUUUCCAGGACAAAAGGAAGGGGAGAGAACUGCUCCCCACUUGCCUUUUGGUGCUGGCUUUCCCCAGCGUGUCCCUGGGUACUCAUUGGUGAGAACGGUUCUUGCCAACAAUGACAAAAAAAUUGGUAAAAGCACACUAGAUAGAUAGUUAUCUCGGGAGAAUUAAUAGGAAACACAGGCUGUAGGGCUGGAGUGAUAGAGCGUUGCGUGCAUUUUAUGUAAGCAUGCUAUGCUAUGGAAUUGUCUUGCCCAUGUUUUAGGUUGGGAUUUGAACAAGUGGUCUUCAAUAACGUUUUCCCCUUCUCAAGUAGCUUAAUUUGAAAACAGGACUUUAAAUUGGUUCGUCCCCACUCCUGCUGAGUUAGAACCGCUUUUCUUUGGCAAAGUAUUCCUUCUGUCUGUGUUUUCUUACCUUAUGUAAUCUAUGGGGGAGAAGGUGGUAAGAACAGGAACCGUUUGCCUUCACUAAGCACAAAAAAUUCUGUGUUUUCAUUCUCUGGAGUUGAAAAGAAUUAAUAAGUAAACAGUAAGAGCUAAGAAAUUUAGAACUAGUGUUCCACCAUUUUAAAUAAAAGCUAAAACAUCUGGGCUAGGAUUCUGUUAUGCAAAUAUUGCCAAAUUCAUCUUUAUAGGCACUUAAAUAUACCCUUUUCUGUGCUGUUGGAUUCACUGUAGAAAUGUAUGAAAUGUGUAGAACUGGUUAACAACAAAAUUGAACUGUCCUGUUUAAUUUUACUUCCUAAACACUGUUAAAAAAAAUAGUAUUUUUUUACUCUUAUAAAUAAUUUCUAGUUGUUUAUGGUACAUGGGGAGAAGAGUCUAAUGUCUUAAAGGAUCUGUCAUGAAACCACUGAGAUUCAUGUGUUAUUUAUUGAUUUCUGUAUAAGCACCUCAAAGCAUUUCAGCAAAGAAGUCAAGUGUUAGAGCUGUCCUUACAGACGGAGAAAUCUCUGCCCGGGAUGAACUAACUACUCAAGUCAGUAAGAGCUUGGCACUGAAAGGAGAAUAUCUAAUUCCUGUCUUGGUGGCCCAGCUGCUAGGCCACGCAUCUCGCGGGAAGGGCAUCUCUGUACCUUUGCCUCUUUGGUGUCUGGACCUCUUAAUCUGGACCUCUCUUUCGUAAGUGCCUCUCAGAAACAAGCAAAAAGCCAAAGCAAGAUCUUUGAAGGUUUUCUUCUAUUAUACAUAUUUUCUGGUUUGCCCAGUGGUUUCCGGUACCAGUGUAUGCCUUGGUUUUUUUUUUUUUCCACACUGCUUACUGCUUGCUAACAUCUUAAUAGACACAGUAGACAAAUGUCAAAAACCAAGCCUGCACAACAGAAACAGUCAUUGCUUGAGAUGGGUAUAAAAACCCAACCAGACAGGAAAACGAUUUUACUGUGCAGAUGUGUGUUUUUUCAGAGCUUGCUCUGUGGCACAUAAGGUGCUUAAAGAAGCAAAACAAAACAAGACAACCAACCCUUGAUUUAGUCCUGUAAAACAAACUGACUCAGAAGCCCCAUCUAAACAUGCUCUUUGCUGAGAUAGGCAGUGUGGGAAGAACGGUUGCCUGUGAAAUUGAUUGUGCCCAGCUUGUGCUAGUUGAAAUAAUUCUCAUUUUUAAAACAACUGGAAGGGAAAAGCCAACUUGAGUGAAGCAGUUUCUAAGAAAUAUUUUAAAUAAAGUCUCAUUCAUGCAGACCGAUAAAAACUUUAAUCUUUCAAAUAUGAAUCAGAAAAGCCUCGUCUUUAUUCUGGUGAACUGUUUCACUGGUGUCUUUGUCAGGAAUGACCUGUUUUGAAAAUGAAAGCACUUGAUUCUCCCUUCUGCAGUGCCUACUUUGUCUUUGUACUCUCUGUGUGACUCUGGGACAGCUAUACCUAUUUCCCUUCCUUCCAUGUGUUGUUUCUCAUUCCCAUAACUUUAAUUUGUGGUCACGGGACUCAAAACCACAUGAAAUUUAACGGUGUAUUUUAUAUGUUGAUGACAGCACACUGUGGGUCCACAUAGCUGAAAAUUUUUACUGCAAGAGAAUCUGAAAGCAUGAAGGCAGGCUAUAGUUCAGAAAUAAGUCAACAAUAUCAAAACUUAGCUUUUUUUUUUUUUUAUUUAUUUUUACACGGCUUGCAGUUAUGCAGAAGUAUUUUAGAGACAGGGCUCUGAUUACUGUAAAGUUGCAGUAUUAUCAUGUUUAUAUAAAGAGAAGAAACUUCUGGGAGGUUUUUUCCGUAUCAGUAAUUAAUGCAGCAUUGCAACAGUUUGAAAUAAAAGUUUGACAUUGCUUGUGUAGUA